AUGGGUUCGCCAAUAUCCAGCCUGGUUGCAGAACUAGUCCUGCAGGAACUGGAAAAAGUCGCCUUCGACCACUAUGAACCUGCAUUUUGGCGCCGGUACGUGGACGGCACGUUCGUCAUAAUUGAAAGGAGCAGACUGGCCGACUUCCAAGACCUGCUCAACGGCAUCUUCCCAGACAUUCAGUUCACAAGGGAAGAAGAGCAUGCCGAACAGCUGCCUUUCCUUGACGUUCUCGUCACACGCACACCCAACGGCGAACUCAACACCACGGUGUACAGAAAGGCGACUAACAGGACUCAGAUUCUCAACUACCACAGUAAUCACCAAAUGGCGCAUAAACGCAGAGGGUAAAAACGCACUGCAGUGAACCAGAGGGACGAGUACGAAAACUUCGGCAUCUUCGGGACCAACUGGUAAGGAAUGGAUACCCGAACAGCUUCGUCAGCCGCUGCCUCCGCACGCGCCCACGGCGAACAAACGGAGGAGAGCCGCCAACCCUCUGGCACCCUCUGCCAUAUAUAAAGAACGUAUCCGAAGCGAUGGAACGUAUUGCUGGAGAGCUCGGCGUGGGUAUCGCUCACCGUCCGACAGCGACCAUGCGCAGCAAAAUCAUGCAAGUGAAGGAUCGCCUAGACGUGGGUGAACAAUCGGGCGUCGUCUAUCAGAUCCCAUGUCGGGACUGCCCUCGCCACUACACAGGACAAACCGGACGACGACUUAGCUCACGAAUAACGGAGCACAAACGGGCGGUCCGGAGAGGCGACCCGUUGUCUCAGAUCGCCACUCACACCCUGGAGGAAGGCCACGAAUUCAACUUUGCGAGCAUGCGGAUAGUGGCGCGGGCCAGCAAUAAGACAGGACGUGAACUGUUAGAGGCCUGGGUGUCUGGCACCAACUCUAUCAACAGGCACGUUGACAUACCCCCCUGCUAUCACGCGCUCCAUUCCCGCGGCCAAGGGGCGAGACCCAAUUUCCAGCCAAGGGUGCACGCAGUCACGCCACCGUGA